GACUACUAUAUCAGAUGGUGGGGUCCUUUUACGUCACAGGUUCGACGCCAGUUAGCUUUUAGCCGCGAUGCUAAUAUGCAUGUUGCGGAUAUCUGACCGGUGACUAAUACUUAAUUUAAAGGUGGAGGUGUCGGAGCCAAAACUGCAUUAAACUCUUUUGUUUAUCCAUCUGAAGUGUUUCAUUGAAGGAGGUGAAUCGCGGCGUUAAGUGAAGAUGUGGAGCUCAACCCGCCGUGUCCUUCAGGAGCUGUUCACCCAGCCUGCUGCCAGGAGAUUCUCUCUGAGUCCUGCUCAGAACACAGUUGUGGUGGAGCGCUGGUGGCAGGUGCCUUUAGCUAAAGUUGGAGGCAAACCGAAGCUUCACCCCCGAAGACACAGAAUCUACAGGUUUGUUGAAGACACCAAAUGUGCUCCCAAGGAGAAGAUGGAGCUCAUCCUGACUCAGACAGUUCCCAGGCUUGGUGGACGAGGAGACACUGUGUUUGUGAAAAAGUCUGUGGGCAGAAAUAAGCUGCUACCCGAAGGCCUCGCUGUGUAUCCAUCGCCGGAGAACAAAGAGAUGUUUGCUGAGGAGCUGAAACGUCUGCGGGAGGGGAGGCCAGAGGACAGAAUCCAAACCCGCACUGGACAGCUUACAGUGGAGCGCCUUAAACAAUGUAAGGUGAAGAUAAUGAAAAUGCCGGCGGAUGAUUUCCAGGUCAAUAAAGAGGUUGUCAGCAGACAUUUUCAAAAGAAGCUGGGAGCUGUUGUACCACCUCAUACACUGACUCUCCCAUUUGAGUCAGUGACGGAGCUCGGCGACUACUGGUGUGAAGUUACAGUUAAUGGAAUCGACACAGUACGCAUCCCCCUCUCAGUGGUGCCAUAUGUAGACAUGUCCCUAAAAUAUCGGUGGCUGCAAAAAUUACAAAGGCAGCAUGAGCAGGAGGUGGCUGCAGGUACCUCAGAAUCUGUGGCAGAGGAGGAAGAAGCAGCUGUGAAGGCAGUUUCUGAUGCCGAAGCAGGUAAAGACUCUGUGAGUCCAGUAACAGAGGCCUCAGCUGAACCAGAAGCCUCAGCUGAAGCCUCAGCUGAACCAGAAACUGCAGCGAGUUCACAGACGAGUCAAGAGACAACAGCACCAUCAAGUGACAGCCCGAAAAAAGAGUAAACGACUCUGAAUAAAGAUAUGCAUAGAACCACAAUGGACAUUGUUUACCUAUAAUACAAAUUAUACAUGCAUUACAA